AUGGCUACCGGAAGCGUAUCCAAGCCCUUAGCUUCGAGGGAUAUAAACUCUGAACCCGUAAAGGCUUUCAGUCAUGUAAACCAGCUUCCCGGUUUGUCUCUAACCGGACAGAACCAGAGCCAGAUCGAACAACAUUUAUGUUUGAACAGGAGUUUCAUCAAAUUCACGUUAAGCUACUAA